AUGUUCAAAACAUAUCAAAGACCUGAUUCACGAUGGAUAGUGUUAAAUGAUUCACAAAUCAACUCCAUAGCCGGUGCUACGUCUGGUAUAUUUGCCAGUAUUCUUGUGAGUCCGCUUGAUGUGAUUAAAACACGCAUUCAAGUAAAACGUCUACCAAAAGGUGUACCUAACCCAUCUCUGCUAGCUGCCAUGUACCGGUUAGCUCAAAAAGAAGGCUUCCGAGCAUUUUACAAAGGACUAGGUGUCACUAUGUUGGGUUACGCGCCGAGUUGGGCUGUUUAUUUUAGUAUCUACCAAUGGUCGAAAAAGCAAUACUCAAGUUAUAUUUCAACAGAAAAGAAUGAACAUGACAUAACAGUUAAUUUACUCGCAUCGAUAACAGCGGGUGUAGUGGCGAAUACCGCCGGUGCACCAAUAUGGACUAUUCGAACACGUAUGAUGACACAAUCGAAUUACGAUGAUUAUCGCAAUGCAUUCCAUGCAGCACGAAAAAUUUACAGAACAGAAGGAAUCCAUGCUCUGUAUCGAGGACUUCUACCAUCAAUGUUAGGUUUGGUUCAUGUUGGCAUUCAAUUUCCACUGUAUGAGUAUAUCAAGAAGAUGUGUGCAACGCAUUUAUCAUCACAUGAACAUUUAUCCACCGGACAUUUGAUUUUAGCAUCAAGUGUAUCGAAAGUAGUUGCUGCUAGCAUUGCGUAUCCACACGAGAUCAUUCGUAGUCGUCUUCAAGAUGCUAGCUAUGUCUCCAGUUCAGAAAAGCAAUCUUCGGCUUCAACGACAGGCGAACAUCGUGAAUAUAAAAAUGUUCGCGAUGCUAUACGAACGAUCGCUCGAGAUGAGGGUAUACGAGGUUUUUAUCGUGGCCUUUCAGCGACUCUGAUAAGGGCAGUACCAGCAGCAGUAUUGACAUUGUCAUCCUACGAGAAAAUGCGCGAAUAUCUGACUGAUAAUUUCGGAGAGCAAUCCAUAACAAGAUGA